AUGUCUACUGAGCCAUACAAAAAUGUUCACCUUUUGAAUCAAUCAAACCAAUUGGUUGGAUUAUACACCAUUAUCAGAGAUAAAAAUACUGCUAGACCAGAUUUCAUCUUUUAUUCAGACAGAAUCAUUAGACUUUUGGUGGAAGAAGGCUUGAACCAUUUGCCCGUAGAGCCACUCACCGUUAGAACUCACACUGACAAGCCAUUUGAUGGAGUUUCGUUUAUUGGUAAAAUCUGUGGAGUUUCCAUCGUAAGAGCAGGUGAAUCAAUGGAAGAGGGUCUCCGUGACUGUUGUCGAUCUGUAAGAAUUGGUAAAAUUCUAAUCCAGAGGGACGAGGAAACCGCUAAACCAAAAUUGUUCUUUGAAAAAUUACCUGAGGAUAUUGCACAAAGAUACGUUUUUCUAUUGGAUCCAAUGCUUGCCACUGGUGGCUCUGCAAUUAUGGCAACUGAUGUUUUGAUUAAAAGAGGUGUUAAACCGGAAAGAAUUUAUUUCCUCAACUUAAUUUGUAGUAAAGAAGGUAUUGAUAAAUACCAUGCAGCUUUUCCCGAUGUUAAAAUCGUUACCGGCGCCAUUGAUCAAGGUUUAGACGAGAAUAGAUAUUUGAUUCCUGGUUUAGGUGAUUUUGGUGACAGAUACUACUGCCUAUAG